GGUACUUGCAACUCCUUGCCCAUUUGCAGAGGGCUUGAGCUUCUGGGACAUCAAGAUGCCUCAGGAUGGCCAGUGGAAAACCAAGGAAUUAUCUGGAGCAGAUGCUUUGACUUACCAGGCAAAGGAUGCCGUUCGUCGGAACCGCCUUUUGAAAAAAGAGGAUAUUCCUUAGGAGGAGGUGAAGAAAUGCUUCGUUGCCUCGGACGGUUGCCCCCAAAUAAAUCCUUCUGAGAAAUGAAGACAUCCACUGCGUCUUCUGCAGAAAAGCUUCCGGUCUGAGAGAGCUCAGAUCAAUGAGAUCAAAUCAGAAAUACCUCCAGCUGUGGACAUGACAAAGACAGAAGGUGGACAGGCCUUGAUUCUGAAUUAUCUUCCUCUGUGGUUUAGCCUUUGCACCAAGAGCCAGCUCAUCGCCUUGAAAGAUGAAGGCUACUGGGACGAACUGAUGGAUGAGGCUGAACCUAUUGUAGUGGUGACAGACUGGUUUUAUAGUGGCUCUGGCUGCUGUUACCAAAUGUGUGUGAAACUGCUGUCUGGUGACUUCAGCGUCAUUGAAGAAAUUUGCACAGGAGAUGUCUUUGAAAGGGAGAUGAAAACUGAACGUUGGUUCAAGGUUUCACAUAUCUUUGACUUAACUCCUGGCAUGGGAGUUCGCCACGUACUUUCCCAACAUCAGGGUCUCUAUAUGAAUGGAAAACCACCUGGAGACGGUGGGGUGAAAAUAACCCAAAGCCGCCUCACCAUCGGUCCCUAUUCCUUGGACUGAACCCUCAAGCCGGCUGCGUGGGGUGGGGCUGUUUCGAGCAUGCUCAAGCCAGGAGGUGAUCUGUUAAGUGUGGGAGUAGCCUAAUGUGUGAAUCCUGCCCAUUCCGGUUUACUUAAUAAA